AUGACCGACCGCAGCCUGCCCGCACGCCCGACCGCCGCCUGCCCGCCCGGAAAGCCGCCCGCCGCCUGCCAGCCCGCCGCCUGCCUGCCCGACCGCCGCCUGCCUGCUCGGAAUGCCGCCCACCACCGUCCUGCCCGCCGCCUGCACGCCCGCCAACUGACCGCCCUGAAGGCCGCACGCCGCCAGCCCGCCCACCGUCUGCCCGCACGCCCGACCGCCGCCUGCCCGCCCGGAAAGCCGCCCGCCGCCUGCCAGACCGCCGCCUGCCCGCCCGACCGCCACCUGCCCGCCCGGAAGGCCGCACACCGCCGUCCCGCCCGCCGCCUGCACGGCCGCCAACUGCCCGUCCAGAAGGUCGCACGCCGCCAGCCAGCCCCCCGCCUGCCCCCCGCCGUCUGCCCGCCCGCCGGACCGCCGCCUGCCCGCGCGGAAAGCCGAUUGCCGCAUGCAUGCCCGCCUCCUGCCCGUCCGCCACCUGCCCGCCCGGAAGGCCGCAGGGCGCCUGCCCGCCCGCCGCCAGCCCACCCGCCGCCUCCCCGCCCACCGUCUGCGCGCCCGCCCGACCGCCUCCAGACCGUCCGCCAACUGCCCGCCCGGAAGGCCGCUCACCGCCUGCCCGCCCGCUGCCUGCCCGCCCACCGAUCGCCACCUGCCCGCCCGGAUGGCCGACCACCGCCCGUGCGUCCGCCGCCUGCCCGCCGCUCGACCGCCGCCUGCUCGCCCGGAAGGCCGCCCCCCGCCUGCCCGCUGCCGCCUGGCCUGGCGGAUGGGCAGGCGGCGGGAGUGUAUAUCAAGGUUGCAUAUAAUCAGACGGACUCUCGGAAGUAUGACAUGGAGUUUGAUCUUUGA